AGGUUUAAUUAUUAUAUGUUGUAGAUAAAACUCUCAUUGGAUAUUAUUCGUAAUUUAUACGCCUGUGUAGGGCAAGGUAAAAAUGUCACUGACAUGGGGAUCUGAACAUAUUUAAGACUUUAGUAUAUUAUAACAUAUUACAUAUACCAUAUCGAGUAAAUAGGAAAUCGAUGAUGCGAUACAUCCUAAUUUAUCCUAACGUGAAUUUUUUAAAUUCGCGCAAAUUGAAAAGCGAAUUUGCAGUAGAGGGCUGGGAAUCAAGAAUAGAUGGGAAUAGGAAGCUUUGCAGUGCAUCAUGGGUCUCUUUUAGGUAAGAGCUUUUUGCAGUGACCUUUGACUCUAGUUCACGUCCUUAAAACAGGCCCAUAAUGCACCAACCAUUUGCCAUCAUUCAAUUCAGACUUGCAAAAUAAAGGUCGCGUCUUGUAGAAGUGCUUAAACGAGUGUUUUUGCGUCUAUUUUUUCUCCCGUAUAAAUGGCACUUAUGUGAUCUCAAAAGUUACCUGAUCCCCUGGAGUUCCCCCUGGAUCCCACACAAACCCACCUUAUUUGGUAGUCGGUAAGUGCCGGUGGGCGUUCGGACGAAGCUCGGACAAAGGUUUCGAUUGCAGUUGAAAUGAAAAAGUUGACUUGGCAAGAAGGUUUGUAGUCGAUGGCGAAUUCAGAAGCAAAUUUAUCAAGUGACUUUGAUAUAGAUGAGGUCAUAAAUUGGGAUGAACAAAAUUAUUCAUCCAAGAGCAUUGAGUAUCAACUGCCCCAACUGGGCUUGCCUAAUGAUGCCAAAACAUCACAAAAUACAACCCUAACCAACCUGGCAACUAGCCAAAAGGCUGCACUUCAAGGGGCACAGAACACUGGUUCAUUUUAUUCAUCAUUCUUUGCGGCUGGAAACAACCCUUCUGUUGUCCAAAACUCAAAGAACCAUGGAUUUUCAUCACGUCAACCAAUGGUGUCCCCAAACGCGCUCUCGUUUCCCUCAGAGAACAUUAACAUCCCCUCCCUUGCUACAUCAAAUGCAUCAUUGUUACAGUUCACGCCGAACAUGGUUGGACAGAACACAUCCUUAACCAAUCAGUUGUGUGUACCAUCAAUGCAAAACUCCAGUAACAUAAUAAAUGAUGAUGUUUCACCAUUUGAUGAUAGCGCUGAUCUGAUCGAAGGUCCAUUAGAUAAAAUUGUUGAUCAGAUCAUGGACCGUCAGAUUAGCGAACGAGAGUCAAGUUCAUUUGAUGAUGACACUCCAGUCAUAACAUACAGUAAUCGGCAAGCAAAAGCACCACAGCUUGCCAGUACCAUGUCAUCAUCAAAUGUACCAUCAAGAAGUGUUCUGUCACCAAAUGCACCAUCAAGGAAUGUCACUUCACCUAAUGUCCCAUCCCCGAACAUCCCCAUGCAUAGUAUCCCAUCACCUAAUGCUCCCACUCAUCAAGUGCCAUCCCCUAGUAAUCAUGCGCAAAACAUUUUAUCACCGAACCCACAAUCAAGGAAUAUACUGGUACAGAACAUUACCACCACCAAAAUUAUACCCCCCAGUAUCUCACCACCAAAUAUACCAUCCCAGAAUACAGUAUCACAAAGUGGCCUACAGCCUAAUACUGCCCAUGUCUUCUCAACCAUCCAAGGCUUGAGCUCUCAGGCAUCUGAAAAAAACAUCUCAUCCCAGUCGCAUCCUAAGUUCAGACAAUCAUCUGUGGCUGUACCAUCAAGUAUGGUCAAUACUUUAGGACACAAUACCACGAAAGAUCCUUCACCAUCUGGUUUGAGUUUUGGACAGGGUGAUUUAACCACAAAUAAUUUAUUCCAAUCAAGUCCUGGUCAAAGAAAUAGCCAGUCGUAUCCAAACUUUUUAUUGCAAAAUUCCAACCAAACUUUAAUCCAGCAACCUUCUGUAACCUUCUCACAAAGUAACCAACAGUCAAAACCUUACUGGCCGCAAAACGGCAACAAUCUUGAUGAUUUACUACGAAUGCAGGAGUCAAUACGAACAUCGUCGCCAAAUGUGGAACAAGCGGAGUUUGGGAACCAACUUGCGAGAUCUUCACCUAACUUCACGUCUGUUUUAACCAAUAAAAUCGUCACUGAACAAUCACAGAAUAAUGUGCCAUCGUUUAUCACCACAAAUAUUCCAACUGUGAGACCAGCAACCCUCUUUCAAGACGUGAAUGACAUAACAAAUGACUCACACCUAAAAAUAAGUGCUGUGUCGUCUACUGCUAACUCUACUAACUUGAACGUUGCAGGUGCACAAAAUAUGAGCCAAGACAUUUUGCAAUUUUCCAACCGAACGACGGAAUCCAAUCCCAAAAGCGUUUCAAAUCAAGUGCAAACAACUUAUCCCGUUCAUAAUUUCCCGUCAAAUAUUGUUUUAUCUUCGUUACCCGGUAGUCAAAAUGAAAAUCCAUCACUUAGGCAGCGGGAAGUGCUUGUGGCAACACAACCAUUAACCAGCCCACGGCAACAGACGUCCACAAACGGGAACCAAUUCUUCGUUCAAAAUUCUUCAGACUUAAACCAGGCUUCGGAAUUGAACAGGGGCGAUGGUUUGUUUUCCAGUGUUUCACAGCCGCUAAAUGUCGUGUCUAACAGUUCGAGCACGCAAGGAAAGCUGGGUGUAACGGUGGAAACACCAUCGCAAUCUGAACAAAACAAACCUGUCUUCACUUUGGUUUCGUCUGCAAAUACAUCUCAAGUCAUCUCAACGCCGCAGGCAACGUUUUUUCAAAGUCAAGCAAACUCCAUUUCAAAACCGGCUGGAAUAACCACAAUUAAGAUCACAUCUCCCGGAACCAAUACGGCCGGUUUCAAAUACCCCACAAUCGGGUUUAGUCCCAACCCUGCACAACCCAAGGCUGUCUCAAUGCAGCCGCCUCGGGCGUUAGCAGUCCGACUCAGAAAUAUCGCAAACCCCACGACUUCGGCCUUUCCAACUUUCCGAUUGAGGCAAGCUAAUAUGGCUACCAGUACGAACUCUCCAAACACGAAACCUGUGGUGUUCACGCUUGCCCCAGGCUCCCAGUCUGCUCUGAAAGCACUCCCAAAUAACCUCAAGGAUAAACUAGCUGGAAGGCAGGUUAUAUUCUUGCAACAACCGAGCGGGCAGCCCAUCAAUACGCCUAAACCGCAGCCGAUGAAGAUUGUGUUUGUGAACGAUGGAUCUAUUGGUCAGUUGGUCUCUGGUCCUGUGAAAUCCAAAGCACCAAUCUCCAGUGUGCCAACAGUAGUCAGUGCUUCUCAAACACCAGGGUUGACUGUUUCUUCAAAUAUGAUACAAUCGCCGACAGACGGCAAACGCUCUCCACCUACUUUGGCUGAUCAUGUCCAAGAUGCGGGUUCUCCAUCAAGCGUAAACAGUGCCGAUAGCGAUGUAAUCCCGAUUGCAUCUCUCAAACACGACGAAUCGUUCAACAAACAACUGAAUGAAACAAACGAUGUAGCCGAACACAGGCGUCGAGGGAAAAAACGCAGAAAAGACCCAAACAGACCAGUCAAACCAUUGUCAUCUUUCCAAAGGUUUUUUCAAGCUACACAACCGACACUUCGUCAACAAAACCCUCAAGCAACGUUUGCAGAAGUUUCAAAAAGUAUUAAAGCAAUGUGGGAAAAUUUAUCUUCGAAGGACAAAAAGGUUUAUCAAGAUGCGUGGAGGCUGGAGAGGGUACAGUAUAAGAAGGCAAUGGAGGAAUAUAACGCCAGUUUCAAUGAAAUUGACUUAGUAGACGCUCCUUCACCGAAGUUGAUGAAAAGUGAAACAAAAGAUGAUCUUGCAACAGUUCCGCCAGUUGAUAUACAUCUAAAAACAGAAAAUAUCUCGAUAAAAAAGGAAAAUAUAUCAAGUCCCACCCUGAGCAGCUCUACGACGUCGUCGGCGACGAGCGGUACGAUGCCUGCUCCCAGGAGCACUGGAAAACCGUUAGCGAUGAUGGCAGAGAUGGCAAACAAAACGAAAAUGGCGUCAGCACAAGCGGCUGCUGCUACAAAGGCAAUGGGAAUGACAAAAUCACUUCACUCUGGAAAGAAUAAACCCAGUAACGGUGUUGACGACAGCUUAGUUCACGUGGCCAAGAAAAAGGCAAAAAUUAAUCCCAUACCAAAGAAAUUGUGCAUAAGAUCGCACUGUAGCAAACCAGCUAAAACAACGAAGGAACGAGGAACGAUGUUUUGCAGUGAUGAUUGUAUCAUGAAGUAUUGUAGGGGUGUAUUCAAAUCUUGGGUGGAAACCAGGCGACAGACGUUAAAAGGAGCCACGUGAAAGUUUUCCGUGUUCCAUAGCAUAGCUUCAAAUUUUUCCCAGUAAAUAUAUAUAUUUCUAUUUUGUUGUGCACGAGAGAGUUUGUUAAAAAGUAUUUGUGUAUUUAUUUUCCCGUAUUGAGAAUCAGAUUCCG